AAAGAGGAAACCACAAGGCCAUUAUCAUUAUCAUUACCUUCUGAUUGGCUGAUGCCGUUCAUAAUUCUUCAGACUCCUGAACGACAGACGCAGACAUGGCACUGUCUGGAAUUAUAACAUUUGGGUUGUUUGUAGCCUUAAUAGAUUGUCUAAAUGGACAAAUUACGCACCCUGAUCCUGUGUUGAUUAGGGCAAGGACUAAAGCUGCUCUGAUCAAAUGCCAAGUGGAUUCAGCGACGUUUAAGUCCAGUGCUCUCCACUGGUACAGAGCUCUACCAAAGGGAGCUCUCCAACGAUUAAUAUAUUUCGAAGCUGGAUCGAAAACAUUCAAAAAAGAUCCCGAUGCCCCCCGUAAAACAGGCCUAUCUGGAUCGGUGAACGAUGCGGAGAAGGAUAAGCCAGUGACACUGACUCUCACGAUCACAAGACUGGAGCCCAGCGACGCUGGCUCGUAUUACUGCGCGCUCUGGAGUGGAGACAAGAAAGUCUUCGGUUCGGGUACAAGACUUUAUGUGACAGAUAAAGCGAUCAAGGCACCAACGUUGUCUAGAUACCUACCAUCAGAAAAAGACAAAAGUGACAAACAUGGCAAAAAGACACUGUUAAUCCAGGCUAGUGACAUGUUUCCUGACUUGGUGAAAUUUGUAUGGAAAAGAAAAGAUGGAGAAAAAUGGACAGAUGUAUCAGAGGGAGAAGUUUUGGAGCAGAGGAAUGGAAGUCCAGCGGUCACUGUGACAAGUAUGUUGAUUGUGGAUAAAGACAAAGCCAAAAACGACUACCAAUGCACUGUUACCCACGAGGGAAACACUGCUGGAACAAAAACUCUUGAAAUGAAGGAAGAAAACAGUAAGCCAACAAAGGGACCUACAGAUGGUGAUCAGAACUCAGUAACAUGUCCACCCAGCACCGAGGAGCCCAUAACAAAUCAAAUAUCAGGAGACUCAGAGCAAAUACCAAGUAUGUUCCUGUUUGUCUAUGCAUAUGCUGUCCUGCUCAUGAAGAACGGUUUAUUUUUUAGCGUUGUGUCUAUAUUUCUAUUAAAGAGAAAAGUUGGAAGGAAAGACAAAAGCUCAAAGACUUAAUGCAUAAGAAAUAUCAAGCAAGCAAAGGUUUAUUACAUAAAGCACAUUUCGCUAACUAAAAAAUAACUGCAUAUCUGCAGCAAUAUUAUCGCUGCUUAAAUGUAUGGCUUUUAAAUUUGUUGUAGAUCUGCUUUGCACAAUUUAUUUUUGCAUCUUUAAAAUACAAUAUUUUGAUUGUCAAAAAUGUAUAAUGUACCCAAAUUUUAAAUAUUUUGUUUUUCCAUUGUAAUGUUUUUGUUGCGUUCUCAGAAUUUGUUAAAUAAAAUCUGCUCAUAAAAUAAAUCAAAUGUUGUCUUGACUUUUUUUAGUAAAAUAAAUUCUGUACAAAUUCACAUUUUCAACGAUGAAUAAUUAAACUCUUUUAAUAAAUUGUGCUUGUAAAUUAAAUGAAAUGAUCAUAUAAAAAGAUAGUUGCCUUUAUGCAUUUUAUUAUGCUAGACAUCAAUAAAUCAAAAUACCAAUAAAGUACAGUAUCUAUCAGAUAAGUAUUUAAUUAGGUGCCAUUAAUUUAUUUCAUAAAUCAUAUAAAAAUACUAUAAUAUAAUAAUAAUACUAAACUUUACUAAAAUUACUGGCUCAAAAUGUACUAUUUUACUACUUAAACUAUAUACUUAAAAAUUAAUAACUUUGCAUCUUUAUAUAAUUUAGUACACUACAAAACAGCAUUUCUUUAAUCUUUUUAUGCAUUAAUUAAGUUUAAAGAUCAAAACCCCGUACAUGAAUGUGAAAACAUGACGACGGUGAUUGAAACUGCUGCGGUAGGAAAAUGUGGUUGGGUAUGUACACACCGCAGGCGGAGGAGCGUACUGGAAAGAGAACAUGCAGCAGUUUAACCACAGCGUGAUUGGCUGAUAAUUUAUUAG